AUGCAGGACGUCGCGGCUCUGCAGGGGGGCAUCAGGGUGCCCUUUGCGGCCGCCCGCUCCCCCUAUGCCGCCGGCAGGCGCCUGGGCCUGGUCGACCGCCCCCUGCAAGCGCAGUGCAGGCGCCUCAGCCUGCGGUGCGCCGCGGUGGCGGAGGUGGAGUCGGAUGUAGAGAAGCGCGACGACGGCAUCGCCAACCUGCUGCUGUCCAUCCUGUCUGACGGCGUCAACGUGGUGGAGCGGGAGGGCAUCUCCAUCUCGCACCCCUGCAAGCCGCUGCUGAUUGCCACGUACAACCCCGAGGAGGGCCCGCUGCGUGAGCACCUGCUGGACCGCAUCGCCAUGACGCUGUCGGCUGACGUGGCGUGGACCUUCCAGGACCGCGUCAACGCCGUGGAGCAGGCCACACGCUUCCAGGACUUCCCCACAGACGUGCUGAGCGACGUGGAGGAGACGACAGACGGGCUGCGCACGCAGACGCUUCUAGCGCCAGCUGCUGUGAGCGCCAUUGCGCGCUGCACGCGCCUGCGGGCGCUGGACCUGAGCGUGAAACCUUUCCCGAUUGUGUUUGCGCGGGAGUAUCUGGAGGAGGUGUCCAUCGGCGAGCGCCAGGUGCGGUACCUGGUUGAGGAGGCGCGGCGCGGCGGCGUGCAGGGCCACCGCGCGGAGCUGUUUGGGGUGCGGGUGGCCAAGGCCAGCGCGGCGCUGGAGGGGCGGGACAAGGUGGAGCCCGAGGACCUGCAGAAGGCGGUGCAGCUGGUCAUCCUGCCGCGGUCCACCAUCAUGGACAUGCCGCCGCCAGAGGAUGUGAGAGCAGCCGCCGCCGCCGCCGCCGCCGCCGCCCCAGGACGAGCAGCAGCAGGACGAGGAUGA